AUGCCUCGGCACAAGGAGUAUGACUACUCUUCCGUAGAGGGAGAAGAAGAAGAGGCCUUCCUUAGCAAUGGUACUUCCGAGAGAAAUGAGAGACAACCAUUGCCAUUGACAAGGUUAAAGCUCUCCUGGUUGCUAUAUGCCACCGUAACGGUAACCUCGCUUCUUACAGGAAUUGUCAUUGGUUACAAUUCUCGAAGAGGAACAGUUGAGAAAGGUCUUACGUUUGCAGACACCUCUCACCUCAGACUCUGUAAGAACCUCUUGUCCAAAUGUCCCGCUCACAAGGCUAAGAUUUUAGACAACGGAAUAAAUUUUGAGACGCACGAGCAACGAUUCAAUGGUUCGCUGUUCAAAAGAAGUGCAUACAGUGGCCCUCCAACUCCCGAGAUGGAUCAAACCUGGGGUCGCUUCACUGAAGCUGGCAGUAAAACGAUGCCAGACUAUCCUCCAGUGCUGAACAUUUCGACAGAAGAUGCGCGAGCAUCCACAAGCUAUCCACUCAAGACGGCAGUUCAUCUCAAUGAGACACAAAACAUCGGUUAUAUGGCCAGCUUGGGAUUUUUCCAUCAAAUCCACUGUCUGAACAUGCUUCGGAAAUUCAUCUAUCUCGAUUAUUACAAAGAGACCCAGCCUGAUUGGUACACACAGCCGUAUCUACAAGGUCAUGCAGAUCAUUGCGUCGAUAUGCUGCGCGAAUCCAUCAUGUGUCAUGGCGAUACUACUCUGAUUGUGUACCACUGGAUCAAUGGUUAUGCUGAUCCAGUACCCGAUUUUAGCACUAUGCACACCUGCCGAGAUCCCAAGGCUAUCCUGGAUUGGAUGCAAACGAACCAAAUCAUACUCAAGGAAGCAGUUUACAAACAUGGGGAAAUGGAUCUGCCUGAAAUAUUUUGA